AUGAAGUUGGUGGUCUCUGGCAUGUCAUGUCUAGAGCCCGGUCGGUUCGAAGGGUCCUGGAAUCAGCACAACUAUUUGGUUAGGAAGGAUCAAUUCAGAGCCCAUCAAAAGCCUUGCUGUAGCAUCGAAGGAGGAGACAAUCGUUUGCUUGAAUUUGACGUUCGCCAACUGCUUGGAGAGUUCCCUCAUCUUGUAGAAGCUUUCAAUUUGGACGACUCUCGCCACCGAAAAAAUUUUAGGUCCUUUUGGUCCAAAUUCAAGAUCCGACAAAAACAACCGAAAAUGUCGCAGCAGCAACCACCACCAAGUCCAUUCUUCGCCGCGCCUGGCAUGAACGGUGCUCCCAUGUACGGUGCUCCGCCUUCGCCAGCGCACUAUCAUAUGCAGCCGUACGCUCAAAGCUUUCAGCCGCAGUAUGGGCAAAUUCAGCCGCAGUAUGGGCAAAUGGUACACCAGCAGCCGCAGCUCCAGCGGCAGUUCUCUCAGUCUCAGGACCCGGCCUUGGAGCUUCAAUGGGAGAGUCUCACGACGGAGAAAGCGUACGUGGAUUGCUACAAACAUGGAUCCAUGGUCCGAAAGCUUUGGAGCACAGAAGAGGGUCCGGCCGCCCUCAAAACGCGUAUCGUCAACAGUGGAAAGACCAUGGCACUCGAAGGUGAACAAGUGACGGAAAUGCUACAGUCAUGUUCGUCCAUGCGCCAGAGUGUUUUGGUGCUAAAGCGACUUGGCUCGAGCAAGGUUGCAGAAAAGCAACAGCAGAUGGAAGAAAAGCGACAGCAGAUGGAAGCGAUCCGGCGAGAGCUCGUGGAAGAGGAACGGAAGCUUGAGCUUGUCAAGAAAGUGGACGUCAACAUUCCAGUUGCCGAAAACCACCUUUAUGAUGCUCAAAGAGUAAUGGGCCAAACUCGUGUGUCCGGAAACCUUCGUCAGCCUGCGGCGAAUCGUUCUACUGCUUCGCCUUUCCGCCAUUUUGCUGGAAGCAACCACGCUGAGAACAUUGAUUAUGCACCGGAGGACACGAGCAGCUUUUCGGCGCCCCAUCCCGCAGUGGCCACUGGAUUUCAGUAUGUUCCUGCCGCAGCAGCCCCUGGGUUUCAUCAGAAUGCACCUCCCGCCGCAUCGGCCGCUCGCGCCAGUGCUAAGAGGAACCUCUUUGGAAUUCCGGAGCACCAAGAGGCAGCUGAGCAGGUCGAGACGGUCGAAAGCUCUGGUGUCAAGCAGGGUAUCUUCUCAAAUGCACCAAAGCCUGACAUGGCCGCAAGCAGCGGCGGAUUCACCACCAGCAACCAUGUCAAUGGACCCGAAACUGUCAACAGUCCUCCAGCUGCAUCGGCGCCUCCCAAGGGACUUUUCUCGGGUGCUCCCAAACCAACACCAAAUCAAGGCGGUUUCGCCUUUCCUCAUUCGGGAGGUUUCAACUCGAACACGAGCGGUGGCGACUCGGAUUUCACUGUUCCUCCUCCGAUCCAAUCUACCGCAACUGGACAGUACCUUUUUGGAGGAUUCAACACCUCUCCCCUUAAAGGCGGGUUCAACUUUGGUUCCGACAAGGACGACGAAAAGAAGGAGGCUGCUUACAAGCCAAACAAACGCACUCGCCUGGGGUGA